AUGGCAUCCCAAUCUGGAAAGGAUGGCACCGGGAGGAAGAAAGUAUUGAUUGUAGGAGCUGGAGCUGCUGGAAUGUCUUGCGCACAUCAUCUUGCCGAGCAUCCCGACAAGUUUGACGUAACUAUCAUCGACGCUGAAAACUACUGCGGAGGGCAAGCCUUUUCUAUCCCUCUAGACAAGGAAAGACAUGGAGCUAGUUGGAUGAACCAGGGUGUACAAGGUGGAAGCUUUAUCUUCCACCACACUAUGACUAUGUUUGCUCGUCAGGGCCAUCACGCGGAUCCAGUGAAGUUGCAGGUCUCGUUUGGUAAAGACGAUGCCUUCUGGUCAAAUGUGUACCCGACUUCGCUGCUCGCUCGUCACCAAAAAGAGAUCAAAAGAUUCAAGACAAUGCUGUCCAUAAUUCGCUGGUUUGAGGUAUUCUUCGCUAUGGUACCCAUCAAAUACCUGAUGAAAAUAUUCCGCUUCUCGGACGAAUUCUCGAACACGAUUGUGCUGCCCAUGGUUGCGCUCUUCCUUGGAACGGGCAACUACACGCCAGAGGUCCCGAGCAUCAUCCUAGAGCGGCUGUGUACGAGCCCCACGUAUGGCAUGUGGUAUCCAGGGGAUAAGUUGAGCGUCGCCAGCAACCUGCCUCCCAUGGUCGUCUUUCCGAACUUCAGUGACUUCUAUGAGGAUUGGAGAAAAAGCCUGAUUGUAAAUGGCGUCAAGGUUCGUCUCUCAACCGAGCUCGCGCGGGUGAUGAAAAGAGACAAAAACGGCGUUGUUGUCCGCAUGAUAAAGCGUACGCCGAAAUCAGAUGACCACAACCCGAAUAGCUCCUGGGUUUCAGAGGACGCAGAUAGCAAUGCCGAUUCGAGUGCGCAGGAGUUCGAGGAGCACUACGACGAAAUAGUGCUCUGUGUCUUGGCCGAUACUGCAGAACGCAUUCUGGAAUCCACCGCAAGCUUCCGAGAGAAGAAAGUUCUUGGUUCUGCCAAAUUCGCAGACGACAUCACCGUCACGCACUGGGACAGUGACUACAUGAAGCGCCACUACGAGAACUUCUAUAACGAUGAGCAAGCGGUCUCCACACUCUCUGGCGUAGACCAAACAACGCGCGUCGAAAUGGCCCGGGAGUCCUUCAAGCCUAUGUACUACAUCAAGCAGUACCCAGCCGACCUAACGAAGCUAGAAAUGUGCUUCGACUGCACCAACUAUCAAGCACAGUUUCCCCCGGAGGUACCAUUCGAGCGCCACGUAUUUCAGACCAUCUUCCUCAAUAAGCACCGCGAUGGCCACCUGUGGUCAAUCGACGAAAUUGACGAGAGCAAAAUCAUCCGGAAGGACUGGUGGCACCAACUCUGCCACUCUUUCACCCAUAACCUCUUCGUGGUGCCCUGGAUGUGGCUUCUGCAGGGCCGACGCCAUACACGGUUUGCGGCAGCGUGGACGUUGGUAAAUGCGCAUGAAGUAGCCGUUAUCAGCGGUAUCGCGGCAGCUGUAGAUCUCGGAGCGACGUAUCCGGCAGAUCUGGAACGUGACAAGUUCGCUUUGUUGAGCUUUCGUCUCUACUAUCUGCUUGCCUACGGGAAAUGGUAUAGGAGGAAGGCGACGAAGGAAGGUGUUGGCAAAGAUUGGGCCAGUGGGGUUUAUGGGAGUGUCUACCGUGGACCUGGUGUCGUCGACCAAGAGCGGUUGAUAUGGAGGGAGGAGAAUAACAUCAAAGAUUAAGGGACAAUCUGGGCCGUGUGCGCUUUCAUGCCGUUGCUGGUAGUACUUCAUAGUAGUUUCAAAAGUAGGACGUGUUGGAAGUUCAUGAAAUUGCAAAUAACCGUGAAGUUACUUUCGGCAGCUGUAGAUAGGUGUAUGGAAUGUUUUCAAAACACCUACACCGAGAAUCCUAGCUCAUCCCUCCGAUCAUCCGUCAACCUUCCCCACUCCAACAAUAGCCGGAAGAAGUAUAUUUCCAUGUCCUCUUUCCUCAGCACAGUAUUCGCCCACUUCCGGCCAUUCUCCGCGAUGUCCUCUGCCUCUUUAGCUCUUGCUUCCCACUUGCCCACUCUCCCUCCGAUGCUCCGACCGUCC